AUGGCCCGUACUAAGCAAACCGCCCGUAAAUCCACCGGAGGUAAAGCUCCCCGAAAACAACUAGCCACCAAGGCUGCCCGGAAGAGCGCCCCGUCCACCGGCGGAGUGAAGAAACCUCACAGAUACAGGCCAGGAACCGUAGCUCUUCGUGAGAUCAGGCGCUAUCAGAAAUCCACCGAACUUCUCAUCAGGAAACUUCCUUUCCAGAGGCUAGUCAGAGAAAUCGCCCAGGAUUUCAAAACGGAUCUUCGCUUCCAGAGCGCUGCCAUCGGUGCUCUUCAGGAAGCCAGCGAAUCUUACCUGGUGGGUUUGUUUGAGGACACGAACCUGUGCGCCAUCCACGCCAAGAGAGUGACCAUCAUGCCGAAAGACAUCCAGCUGGCCAGACGUAUCCGAGGAGAGAGAGCUUAA